AUGUGUUAUUCCUUCUCUUCAUCGAGCGAUCAGGAAGUUUGUUCUCUCUACGUGGCUGGGAAGUUUUUCACCCACUAAAACCGGGGUGGGGUGGGUGGGGACAGGUGUUCCCUGUGAAAUAAUAGCACAAGCAGUCCGCGUCCAACUGUAACCCAGGAGUAAUAUCAGGUGAGAAUGACCACUUUAACACACCGAACCCGACGCACUGAAGUAGGCAAGAAUGCUGAAAAGAAAAUGGAAAGUGAAGAAGAUGCUAGUCAAGAGAGGAAUACAGACAGUGAAGACUCUGGAGACUCAAAGGAUAUCCGCCUCACCCUCAUGGAAGAAGUAUUGCUACUGGGACUAAAAGAUAAAGAGGGUUACACAUCUUUUUGGAAUGAUUGCAUAUCAUCUGGCCUGCGAGGGUGCAUCCUGAUAGAGCUGGCCAUGCGGGGUCGAAUCUAUUUGGAACCCCCCACCAUGCGUAAGAAGAGACUACUGGACAGAAAGGUACUGCUAAAGUCAGAUAGCCCAACAGGUGACGUCUUGCUGGAUGAAACGCUCAAACACAUUAAAGCAACUGAGCCUACGGAGACUGUCCAAACAUGGAUAGAGCUACUCACUGGCGAGACCUGGAACCCUUUCAAAUUACAGUACCAACUGAGGAAUGUACGAGAGCGAAUUGCAAAGAACCUAGUAGAGAAGGGUAUUCUAACCACAGAGAAGCAGAAUUUCCUUCUGUUUGACAUGACCACACACCCAGUAACCAAUACAACGGAGAAGCAGCGACUAGUGAAAAAACUGCAUGAUAGUGUACUCGAGCGGUGGGUAAACGACCCUCAGCGAAUGGACAAGCGAACACUGGCGCUCUUGGUACUAGCCCACUCCUCCGAUGUGCUUGAGAAUGUCUUCUCCUCUCUGACAGACGACAAGUAUGAUGUGGCAAUGAAUCGAGCAAAAGACCUUGUCGAACUGGAUCCUGAAGUGGAGGGGACAAAGCACAAUGCCACAGAGAUGAUCUGGGCCGUGCUGGCAGCCUUCAAUAAAUCCUAA